AUGACUACCUACCAUCACCCACACUACUCGUCGUACGGAACCUCCAUGGCUGCUCUCCACAGCUGCAAGACCACCCUCUACUACCCCCCACAACACCACCUUAAAUUUUCAUCCGCCACCGAGGAUUGCCUUGAGGCUGCCUUAGCCAAACUUACCCUCAGCCAACACAACCUCGCCGCUUCCAUCGACACCUUGGCCACCACCAUCGACAACCUUCUUCAGCGACUGCCUCGCAAUCCCACUCCACAUUUUUCUUCUUCCAUUCUGGCGCAAGCACCGACACCAGCCGCAAUUAUAUUGACUCCGCUCAUGUCAUCUCCAUGGCUCAUGCCAACUCCGUCUCAGACUUCGUCGUCGCCUCCGCCACCGCCUCCGCUGCUCAAGCUAACUCCAUCACCCACGCUCACCGCAUUCACGACCGAGCCACCUCCGCCAGCCACGACGCCUCCGCCAGCCACAACGCCUCCGCUGCCACAUUCGCCACCACUUUUGUCUUUGGUACCCAUACAGCCAUGGCCCACAACUUGGUCGGGCUCGCUUCCUAUGUUUGUUCUUCAUCUGUCCGAUCUCGUUUGCACCAUCAUUCCCUUCAUCAAGCUCUUCAGCAUUGUUCCUCCUUGUGGGACUGCCAUGGCCGCAUACACGCUUCCAACAAUGACCGUUGCAUUUUGCACAACUACUAAACCAGGUGCAAUUCCCCGGAAUAAACCUUGGGAUCCCGGUAUCACGUUUGGAAGCGAUGUGUUGAUCCCCCAACACCUUGAGGACAAGGUGUUUUUGAUGAGGGCGGGAAUGAUAGGGAUAAUACUAUAG